AUGUCUUACAACGACUACAACAGCAACAGCAAUGAUGACUACGGCAGUGGUCGCCAAGGAGGUCUCAACGACAGAACCACUGGCUCGUCAGGCUACGGUCAAGAUUCGAGCUACGGCAAUGACAACCUGAGCAGCGGAAGAAACCCCGGUAGCGGUGUUGGACGCGACGAGUUCAACGACUCUUCGAACUACAACCGUGGUGGUGCUCUUGGCAGCGAUGACAUUGCCGAUCGUAGUGGCUCUGGACUCGGCAGAGACGAGUACUCGUCGUCUGGUCGCGAUGAUUAUGGAUCUUCCAACACUACUGGCAGAGAUACCUACGGCUCCUCCAACACCGACAGAGAUACCUAUGGUUCCUCCAACACCGGCAGAGACACCUAUGGCUCAUCAAACACUGGCAGUGACAACUUCUCUUCGUCAAACGAUACCUACGGUUCCAGCAACACCGGUUACGGAUCAAGCAACACCGAUACCUUUGGACACCACCACAAGUCUGCUGGAGAAAACAUUCGCGAUGAUGACUUGAAGCCUAGCCACGGUAUCGAGAGAGACACACACCACACCACUGGUGGAAACUACCCUUCCACCGACGACAACUUCGGCUCAGGUGCCACCAGCGGCGCCGGUUACGGCAACAAGUCAUCGGCUGACCGUGACACUUAUGACGACUCGAGCAACACGCGCUUUGGCUCAUCGAACGACACUGGCGCCUACUCGGGCAGCAACGACUUCGGCUCCGGUACCACUGGUGGUGCUGGCUACGGCAACAAGUCCACCUCUGGUCGCGACACCUUUGGCGACUCUAGCGAUACUCGUUUCGGCUCUUCGGGAGAGACUGGCGCAUACUCGGGUAGCAAUGAAUAUGGAAGCGGUGCUACCAGUGGUACUGGAUACGGCAACAAGUCUUCCAGCUACGGUACUGAUGAGAGCUCCGGGAAGCAUGGCGAUUCGACCGCUGGAAAGUUGAUGAGCAAGCUUGGUGGUAUGAUGAAGAACGAGAAGAUGGUCGAGAAGGGUGAGGCCAAGCGUGAGGCUGCCGGUGCCUACGGCAAUGAGCGUUCUGACUACUAG